GAGCGACACAUUUUAGACUUCGCAACCGUUCGGCAAGUUCAGUGACGUGAGUGUGGUGCAAUGCGUUGUGAAGUGAGUGAAUGGCAGUGGGAUAUGGAAGAUGCAUUCGCGGUGGUCGCGGCUCCCAGUGUGAGAGUGUGGAGUGGCGUGUGUGGCGAGUGGAGGAAGCAGCGUAAGUGUGGGUCAGGGAGGCAAGAGUACGGACGGCGGUGAGGGAAGCGGCACGGCACGGGGCGUCGCGUGGCCCAGCAGCAGCAGCAGCAGCAGCAGCAGCGGGGCAAGGAAGAGGCAGUGUUGCAACAGACUGUGCUGAGUGCGUGUCUUUAUCAGCACCCGCUCCACUCACACUCCCUCUCCCUCCCACCACCAUCACCACCACUACCAUCACCGCUACUCCCUCACCAACCAAUCCUCUCAACACUUCCUUGCCGCCUCCCAUCCGCCGAGCUGCGAGCCUGCGAUACUCAGUCUUGGGCAGGGAGUGACAAGGCCAGCACGUGUAGCGCAGCGCCCGGUGUACAGUGACUGAUAUGUGCAAGUGGAAAAACAGUGUGCCAAUCCGUGCUGUGAACCUGAGAAACAGAGUAAAGGAACCUCGGUGCGCUCAAUGAGAAAAGUGUUUCAGGAAUGUAAAGUUUCCCUCAAGGAGAAGUGCUUGGGGCAAGGCCUCGAGUGAGCGCGUGAGUGCUAUGCUGGUGGUAACGCCGCACCGGAGCAUGAGGAGGGAGGAGCGGUGUGUGGCAGGCGUUGCUUCCAGACGUGAAGGAGGAGCAGAGGAAGGGGAAGGGAAAGCGAGAGUCCAGAACUACAGCUACACCACCAAGUUCGGGUGGGUGUUUCCCCGCACCAAAUCGAGGCGGCAGGGAGUGGUGGAUGCGGUGUGGCUGCGGGAGUUCAGCCAAGACAUCGAAACCCUGCAGUCGGAGAUCAAGAAGCAGGCGGCGUUUGCUUACGGUGAUGAAAAACCAAGUCAUCAAAGAGACAAUUUACGGACAGAGUGUGGCAGUGAGUGUGGUGGUGUGAACAUGAGUAACUGUAAAGAGUGUAUUAGUGUUCCUGAAAUGGCCUCCAGCUCUCGAGUGCCUGUGAACUCCUUGGUGCACACGCGUGGUCUGGAGUCCAGUCACGAUAGCUGCAGGGAGGUGAGUGGCGGUGAGGGGAGCUCGAGGGCUUUUUCCUCCAAUCAGGGAUCCGCUAAAGUGAAGGUACAAGUAUCGACUCACGACGGGGAGUCUUCUGGGAGCGGAAAGUCGUUUGUGUUAGACUCGAGAUUCAACACGUACACAGUCGGUGCCAAGUGUGACGAGUACAGUAGCAUGCAGAGUGACAUCUCGCGGGACAGCGGUAUCUACUCCAUUGAUGAUCCGAGCAUCGUCUCUGAGGCGUCAGGGGAUAAAUCGCUCCUUCAAGAACUCGGGGAUGCCCUUGGUGACCAAGACGUGUCCCUCGAACCCUGCAUACACUGCGGCUCGUUGCCCAUUGAAGACAUCAUAGCGGCCAGUAAGGAGAAUACCAGCCGUCCAGUGUGGCUGGCGAGAUUCAGCAGCAGUAAUGACCUGUCGACGGAGUGGGGAUCUCAGGAAUGGGAGGUGGGACAGAGCCCGAAUAUGUCCCCACUCAGAUGCAUCACGCCUAUGGAGAGGAGGGAACACUGUGCCUUGGAGGACAGCGGCAGCCACGGCACACCAGCUUCAGUAGGUGAUGAGGAGGAGGGACUCAAAGUAAACCAGUGCAUGAACUGUGAGAAACUCAAUGAAGAAUCUCCACUGAACCAUUCCCCAUCGCAGCACGUCUCUGAGCUGGCCAAAUUUACGCAUUCCUUUCAAGUCCUCAGCAUGCGAAUUGAAGAUCUGCGCUCGGGUCUGGAAUGCCUCGCAGGGGAAGUGAACGAGAGCAAGAGUGACUUUAUUAACCUGGAGAGGCGGGCGUCGCAAGUACUGGCCUCGACUGCGAACUCCCGGCAACACUUGACGAAGGUUCGGGCACUACAGCUGCUGGAGGACCGCCUGCAGGAUGAGUGGUGGGCGGCGUACGAUCCCACCAGCGUCUCUUGUCACGGGAACUAUAUUGUAUGAAGAGGACGUAAUACAUUGUACUAUACAGACAACACGCACAUAGAUUAAUAAUAAAACUACGUAUAGAACUACCUUUUAUACUAUGUGAGUGUGUGUGUGUGUGUGUGUGUGUGUGUGUGUGUGUGCAUAAAUAAAUACAACAUUUAUAUACAAGACAAAAUUACUAUAUACAAACUUAAUAAAACUCGCAAAAACU